ACCUAGCUCAAGAGGCCCGCUAUAAUUGUCUAAGCCCGUGGCCAUGAGCUCGGCCCACACAAAAGCAUCUAACGAACCACCGUUGUCCUCACCGCUACCAACCCUCGUCAGAGAGAUUGAGAUUACUCUGUCUAUCCCUUUGGUAAUUUGUACUUGAAACAACAACAAUUUUAUCGACAGAAGCAUGAUUUUGAUUUUCAGAUUUUACCAAAACGCUUAAUUGUGAUUUCAAUACUGUGUUUUCAAAAUUACAGCUAACCCAAAUGGAUACUUUGGUUGGUAACCCAUUGCAACUCGCUCCGAUCAUAUAUUGAUCGGUGGGAGUUCUCAUCCAUGUGGUUUUGUAUACUGCUACUACACAGUGUUGGACUAUCCAACAAACUCUUGAGUUUCACCCUGCAAGAGAGAAAGAGAGGAGGAGAUAUGGUGUCUUGGGCACAAUAGCUGAGAUGAAACCCGCAAUCAAUCUAUAUAUAUGAGUAAUGAGUAUAGUAUGGCAGUGUAGAACAUUUUACGUUUAUUAUUGUUGUUAUUGAGUAUUUGGUUUUUGGGGUUGUAGAAAUUGUUGUAUUGUGCCACUGCUGCAUUGGCUGUGAAUUGUGAUUCGCGGCAGGGAGACUCCAAAGCUGGUCUAUAAAUGAGUAGUGCUGUGAAGUUUUGAGAUUGAUUUUUGGAGGAUAUUCGUAUUUUAUAUAUAGGAUGGGAAUGGUAGGGAUGAUGAAGGAAUUGGGGAAGGCAAUGCAGUUCAUUUGCUCCCUUGAAUUCUGGAGAAUGGCGGUGUUUUGGACGCUAUCUCUCCUCAUCUCUCAUUGGCACCUUUUGUUUGCUCCAAAAUCCAAGUCCUUCCCACGUUGUGCUCCUGCAGCCGCUCUGAUCAAGCCUGUUUGCAUUAUCACCGGCGCUACAUCAGGGUUGGGUGCUGCCGCUGCUUAUGCUCUUUCAAAGGAAGGCUUCUGUGUUGUUCUUGUUGGACGGUCCUCCCAUUUGUUAUCAAAGACUGUGGGAGAGAUAAAAAGUUUGAAUAAGGAUGCCCAUCUCAAAGCUUUUCCGGUUGAUAUGUCAUCCUUCCAGUCGAUAUUCAACUUUAAAGGCUCCCUUCAACAGUGGCUUUUAGAUUCAAAUAUGCAUCCUUCGGUCCAAUUAUUGAUUAACAAUGCUGGGAUACUAGCUACAUCAUAUAGACUCACAGCUGAAGGCUAUGAUCAGAUGAUGGCUACAAAUUACAUCGGUGCAUUCUGUUUGACCAAACUUUUACUACCACUUCUCAGUAAUAGUCCUGUUCCUUCCCGGAUUGUGAAUGUUACAUCCUUUACUCAUCGAAAUGUUUUUAAUAUGCAGGUUGACAAGGAAACUGUUUCAGGGAACCACUUCUCAAGAACCAAACCAUAUCCAUGUGCUCGUAUUUAUGAGAAUUCUAAAUUAUGCCUACUGCUGUUCUCCUAUGAACUUCACCGACAACUUAGCUCGAUGGAAAAAUCUCAUCGGGUCUCUGUCAUUGCUGUGGAUCCUGGAGUAGUGGAAACCAAAAUUAUGCGAGAGGUUCCUUCCUGCCUUUCUUGUGUAGCAUUUACAGUCUUGAAGCUUCUCAGCCUUUUGCAAUCACCUGAAAAAGGGAUAAGAUCUGUUCUUGAUGCAGCCCUUGCUCCACCAGACAUAUCUGGAGUAUACCUUUUUGGUGGAAAGGGUAGAACCAUUAACUCUUCAGCGCUUUCGCAAAACAGAAAACUUGCACAGGAACUUUGGACCACUUCAUGUGAUCUAUUUUUGCAGUCACAGCUUGCUGUUAAGAUUCAGGAAACUUCCACUUCCACAUGAGUAUUUGAUUGUAAUAGGGAGGAAUUCUGUUCAUCAACCAAAAGAAGAGAGAUAAUAUGGAUUUGAAAUGGUGGCAGUUAGCUAAGCUUGCGGUUGCAUCAAGUGGGUUGAUGGCAUGUUCC